AUGGACAUCGAUAGUAACGAAGGAGAAGAAGAUGGAGGAGAAGGACGCCGUUUCCUUGGCUAUGCACGCGUCGCCUUGUCAGCAUUGCAUUUCAAUCAACAAUCAGAUCUAGGCCAUCGGAACGUAUCAGAUCGCAAUGUCAGCCGUAUUCUCAGAAUCUUUAAGAUCGAAGGAUGUCAAAGAAAGGACGAGAAUCACUUCUUGACAGGAAUCGUGGACGGCGCGGAGGAUCUGCGUGAGGCUCUUACGUCAGCUCCUUCCGCAUACGAGCAAUUGCCGGUGCUGCCACAUUGCCGGGUGGAAUGCUUGAAUGGGUUGCAUCGCAUUUUGGCAGCGAGGGAGCAUCUUGACCAGAAUGAUCAAUGGUGGAUCGUUAGGCUCUAUACCUCGGCAUUCCCUCGACAGGAGCAGACCGUGCUUGCGGAAGAGUACAGGAAUGAACAAGCAUUCUCUGACGGAGAAAUAUUUCACAAGAUCCGUACAUAUCAUCACGAAGGUUCAAAAGCUGCGGAAGGAAGAUGGUGGGCUCGACUGUCGCAGACAAAGCGCAAGGAUCUACGCCAGUUGCUCAAGGACACAAGAUUUGCUGAUGCUUUCGAUGCACUUUUACCAUGGCCUGGGUUAUGGGCUACCAUCCGGUUAGGAUCGCUACACCGUCUACUAACGCUGAAAUGCGACGAGGAGCUGCUGCAAUAUCUUCGCCACAUCUAUAAGGCAUGGACAUCUAUACUACAGCCAGUCAGUGAUCAAAACUACGAGCCUCGCCACUUGGUAAACCGCGGCACAGUUGAGCAACUCCAGGGUCUGAGUCCAACCAUGUCAACGGCGGACAGAGAUAUGGUUAACGAGCUCAUGGCCCAAGCAGAUAUUUUCGAAGCUAUCUCUUUGGCCGAGCACCGCUCACUAGUGCUUGAAGGACUUCUGACCUAUCCUUCUAUGAUUCCGAGUCUGUUUACUUUCUUCGAGAAUCUGAAAUACCUGGAACCGUGUGCGAGAAUCUUGCGAUGCCUUCUCCCUGCUAGGCACAAGAAGUCAAUUUUUGAAGCGUUCUCGGCGGCAUACUUUCCUCCCGAUCAUGUAACUGUGGAGCAUGCAGCUUGUGUCGUAAAGAUCCACUCCAAAACUACUACUACACAAGACUUGUUGUACGCUUAUCAACAGCUCUGGCUGUUCGCAUUGCGGGACUGCGCUAGCAUGACCCCCUUUACUCCUCGCAAGGAGCCUCACAAACCUAAGCCUUCACCACAGGAGUCGGACGGACUUCUAUGGCAGCGCUUUGGCGAGUUGGCCUGGCGUGUUGGGUUCCAUUUGACAGAAGCCGAUAAUCUUCGUUCCGAAGAUGCUCAGCUACAGCGAGCCGGGCGAAUUCUCUCAAGCGAUAACUCGCGUGUGUACGAUGAAGAGACCGUCCAGAGGUUAGCAAGUCUCCUGCGUACAGACUCGGUGGCCGAGCAGAUAUCACAAGAGGCGAUGUUCACCACGAACGUGGAUUUGAGCUCUGAAAGACGCUGUGGUCGCCCCUUUGAAGACGAUUAUCUAAACGACCGGGCUCUACUAUUCUUGCCGCAACUUUACGCUUCCGCUUCACCGGUUGCUCUUGGACUUACUACGUUCUACUGCAAAUGGUCUAUGUUAAGAGCUUUUUUUGAUAUAAACGUGGUAUUUGAAAUGCUAUUCAGAUCGCUAGCCUCUGCUUACGUUUUCCAGGUUGGACUAUCCGAUGUCGUCGACGUUCAGGUAGGCAUCGAGGCUCGUCCUGUCGCAGGUCCUCAAUCUUCAUGUGCGACGUGCACGACUUUGCUCGCUACACUCCAAGCGUCCCGCGAUCGGUGCUCGCACCUUGAGCAUGAAGUAACAGAAAACAUUAGCCUUGUAGCACAACUGCAGCAGAGCUCGGAACGUACGGGCGGCGACGCUGCACGGUAUGAGAACACAGUCAAUCAGCUCAACAAUAGCAUGCGAGAAGCAGCAGACCUGAAUGAGUCAAAUACACGACUGCGGCGAAGCGCGGAAGAACUAUCAGAGAAUCUGGACCAGGCACGACGUGAAACGAUUGAGGCAAGAACUAGAAUCAUCCAGCUCGAAAGUCUCGAGCAUGACUUGGUCAAUGGUCAGGACGAUCUCGACCGUCUGAGGCGAAGAGCCGAAGAGCUAUCCCGGACCUUAGACCAGGCAAGAACUAGGAUUACCCAGCUCGAGAACGAAUCAAUUGAGCUGUCGGCGGUCUUGGUACGCCAUAGACAAGAGGUGCAAGUACUAACAACAAGAGCUCUCUCGGCUGAGGAGCAGGUAGCGUCGAGCCAGGCUGCCGUCUUAAAUCGAGAACGAGAGUUUGUAGACGAGGCGCGCGCACUUCGUGAAUCCAAGGAGGCUGCGGAAAUACUCAGUAAAGCUCUCCAGACUUCACGAGAACGCUUUGAGGCCAGAAACAUCACUCUUGAAGAGGCUAAUGGAGAACUACGGACAGCGAAUACUGCCGUACGUUCGGAAGCCGAGCGAAUGAGGGCAACGCUGCGCGAAAAAUCUGAGAUCCUGUCCGAUAUGGAACAGAAGCAUCAAGUUGUCGAGAGGCGGAAUGAAGAUUUGCAAAGCCAGUUGGAAGAAUCACAACGCCUCCAGUAUUCCCUCAAUGCUCAGACAGCUACAAGCUUUACUUUCGACUCAGCUGAUGACGCCGACGCGGUUACAGAUUCCGAAACUCAAAGUUUGAAGCCGACUCUUACAACUCGGAACCAGGCAGCAUUGAACCAGGAUCUUCUCGAGCGCCUUGAGAACUCACCGGACUUCGUCGAUGCCAUGUUCGAGUCUCUUGCUUACGACCCGAGAGAGUAUACUCUAGUCAUUACCGAAAAGACGGAGCAAUCGUACUUGAUCUUCCGAGUCGUCGACUUUGACAAUAUCGGGAAGACAAUCGUCAUGGAUUGGGUGCUUCCAAAAUCUCAAGCUAAGCACAGAUCAGGCUUGCUAAAUGAGAGGGGUGCGUCUACGGAUUUCUUUCUUGGUGAGGACCAUAAAAGGCUAGUGGGCACAAACUUAGAGCAAUCAGCAGACUCAUCCUAUGUGUUUGAAUGUUGGUGCGCGAAGCAUAUCCUGUGGGCCUUAAGAAAGGGUUCGGCUGCGAGGCUGGGGCUACAGGGUAAAGACUGGCCAGAUUUGACAUCUCUCCAAACCUUUGGUGUAGAUAUCCGAGAGAACCGCGUCUCACUAGAGAGGAAACGACCAGAUCUGAUACCAGGCUCAGCUGUCGGAAAGCGCAAACGUGAGCGCUGGGGCGAGCACGAAGUCGGUCCUCGUGGUUCAUUAAAGAUGAAGAGGCAGUUUCUACCCGCUCGACGGCGGGCUAUUGAAGACAAUUCGGAAGCUGGUCCCUCGCGACGAAAGUCGGAUGAAGAUGGUUCGGCUUAUGAAGAUAGUUCGGCUGGUGAAGAUAGUUCGGCGGAUGAAGAGUCACUAUAG